GUGUGUUCUGUGAUAAAGUAAAUUUAAUUCCAUAUUUUGUUAAAAAUAGCGGGAAAGACUGUGUAGUGUUAUCGUACCACAGAAAAGAUUAGUUUUUAUUUAUUCGUUUGUUAGUUUUUCACGAUUAUUUAUUUAAGGUUAUUAUGUUAUCUAUUUGUGACUGGUAUUUACUGAUAAGUGAUAAGUAUUUGUUUAUUCGGUCAGGAACGGUAGAAACGCAUAGUUGAAAAUAAUUAAGGAAUUGUUUGUUAUACCGUAUUACAGGAUAUUGAUUUGUGUAUUAUUUAUUGUUUUUGAAUUGAAAUAAAAUCAUGAUUUACAAAUGAUUUCAGGAAUUUUUCACCUUUUCAUUGUUUAAUUACCGACGAACAAUGGGAAUAUUAAUUGUUCGUGAAGAACUCGUGAACAUUUGUAUUUAAGAUUAAUGUGUGGGGUAAUGGUACCUACAUACAUAUCACUGUGUACGUAAUGAUGAUUGUAUGAUGAUUUGUUAAACUGUGAAAAAGAAAUGGAAUUAUCAUCGGAGGAACUGCUCUGCAGAAAAAAUACAUUAAAGCAGUUUGAAAACUAUAUUCAUAAUGCAACUAAAACACUUGAAAAUUUUACCAAAAAAAUUGGAUGGUCACUGGACAAAACACCAACCGAUGAUUCAUUGGUAAAAUGCACACUUAAAAGUAAACAAAAAAUACCACCUUUAAAUUUUGAUGGUAGUCAUCCGAAAAUAUUGGAAUUUAAUGGAUAUGAAUCAUUGUAUGCAGCAUAUUGUAGUUCUUCAUCAUCUUUAAAAAUUGAUGUGAAACAUGAGUCAGAAAAAAAUGCUGUAGAUUCUACUACAGAUUCCUUAAACUUAACUGCUGAUAAGAGAAAAGUUUUGUAUGACAGUCUUACUGGGAAAAAUGUAAAUCCUGAUCUUGAUGAUGCCAGUAAAAAUUUAUUAGUAUUGGAUUUGUUUAAUGGAACUAACGAAAAGCCUAAAACUGAGCUUGAACUUUUGCAAGAGCAAAGAGACUUAAAACGUAGAAGAGUGGCUUAUCGUGGAAAAAGAGUUCACACUGAUAGGAAAUCUUAUAUUGAAGUUUUGAGAGAAGUGGUUGAAGGUCUAACAAAUAGUGUGUCAAACCCAGAAGAUAAAUCUGUAUGUGUUGAAACUACAAGUAUCAAUACUAGUGCGUCUGACAGUCGCUGUAUUUUUAAAUAUGAAGGUAAUCGAUAUUUUGGUGGCCAUCCAUAUACUCGUUGGGUUGAUAUCAAAACAGAAGAAUAUAAUUUAUUGAGGAAUUAUGAAGAGAAAGAUGAUAGUUCACAUGAAGAAACUAAUAUUUCUCGAAUUCAACAUUCUGAACAUAAUAUUGAUAUUAAAAAAUCAAGAAGAAGUCGAUCAUUAUCUAGAAGUAGGAGAAGGUCCAGUAGUGGAUUAAAAUUAAAAAGAUCCAGGAGAUCUAGAUCUCGAUCAAAAUAUAAAAAAUCCAAAAGAUCUAGAACCCCAAUAAAAUCUAAUGAAAAUAAAUCUAUAAAAUCCAAAACACGAUCAAAAUCAAAAGAAAUUAUGCCAAAAAAGUCUAGAAGCCGGUCUGUAUCUUCAGAAAGUAAUCAAGAAAAGUUUAAGAGGCAUCGGGCCCGGUCCAAUUCUAAUGAAUGUAGUUCAAAAAAAAAAUCUAAGCAUUCUAAAAGCCCUUUAAAUUAUUUGCAAUCGGUUUCAAAUGAAAAUUAUAUUAAUAAAUAUAAGUCGAGUGGUAGUCAUAAAAAGAAAAAAAAACAUAAAAAUAAAAGAAAAUAUUCUAAAAGUCCUUAAAGAACUAGAUCUUAA